AUGCCAGCCUCUGUCUGCGCCAGCUGCCAGCGUGGUCCCGAAUGCGGAGACACGAUCUUGAGCUGCAACGUUUGCGGCUAUGAGCUGUGCAAUCUUUGCCGGAAGGGCUGUGGCCCAGGAAACGCACUUCUGCAGUGUGAGAAAUGCAACAAAUCAAUAUGUCAGGACUGCAGCGGCAAAGGCAGAGGCGGCGGCAAAGGAGACACGAUCUUUGGCUGCGACAUCUGCCAACUUGAGCAAUGCGAUCGUUGCAACGAUGGCAAAGGCGAUGUCAAAGCAAACCGGGUUUUGCUGUGCGAUAGAUGCGACAUAUCAAUAUGCAAGCGCUGCAGCGGCAAAGGAGGACGCACGAUCUGGGGCUGCGACGUCUGCGACUGUCAGCUUUGCGAUCGUUGCAACGACAGCAAAGCCGGUUUGACAGGAAGCGCGGUUUUGCUGUGUGAUAAGUGCGACACAUCAAUAUGUGAGCGCUGCAGCUGCAAAGCCAGAGGCGGCGGCAAAGGAAACGCGGUUUUGCCGUGUGAUAACUGCCACAGAUUAAUCUGUGAGCGCUGCAGCGACAAAGGCAAAGGCGGCGGCAAAGGAGACACGAUCUUGGGCUGCGACAUCUGCGAACUUGAGCUGUGCGAUUGUUGUAACAAGCGUAACGGCGGUGGGAAAGGAAACGCGGUUUUGCUGUGCGAUAGAUGCGACAAAUCAAUAUGUGAGCGCUGCAGCGGCAAAGGCAGAGGCGGCGGCAAAGGAGACACGAUCUUUGGCUGCGACUUGUGCCAACUUGAGCUGUGCGAUCGUUGCAACGAACGCAAAGGCGGUGGCAAAAGCAACACGGUUCUGCUGUGCGAUCGAUGCGACAAAUCAAUAUGUGAGCGCUGCAGCAGUAAAGGCAACGGCGGCGGCAAAGGAGACACGAUCUUUGGCUGCGACUUCUGCCAACUUGAGCUGUGCGAUCGUUGCAACGAACGCAAAGGCGGUGGCAAAAGCAACACGGUUCUGCUGUGCGAUCGAUGCGACAAAUCAAUAUGUGAGCGCUGCAGCGGCAAAGGCAGAGGCGGCGGCAAAGGAGACACGAUCUUUGGCUGCGACUUGUGCCAACUUGAGCUGUGCGAUCGUUGCAACGAACGCAAAGGCGGUGGCAAAAGCAACACGGUUCUGCUGUGCGAUCGAUGCGACAAAUCAAUAUGUGAGCGCUGCAGCAGUAAAGGCAACGGCGGCGGCAAAGGAGACACGAUCUUUGGCUGCGACUUCUGCCAACUUGAGCUGUGCGAUCGUUGCAACGAACGCAAAGGCGGUGGCAAAAGCAACACGGUUCUGCUGUGCGAUCGAUGCGACAAAUCAAUAUGUGAGCGCUGCAGCGGCAAAGGCAGAGGCGGCGGCAAAGGAGACACGAUCUUGGGCUGCGACGUUUGCGACCGUGAGCUUUGCGAUCGUUGCAGCAUAGAUGAGUUCGACACAGCCAAGGGCGGUGGCAAAGGAAACGCGGUUUUGCUGUGUGAAAACUGUGACAAAACAAUAUGCGCGCUCUGCAGCGGCAAAGGCAGAGACCGUCGCAACAUGAUCUCGGAUUGCCACGUCUGUGGCCGUGAGCUUUGCGGUCGUUGCAUCGAGGCCAAGAGCGGUGGGAAAAGGUUCCAGUUCUUGCAGUGUGAUGUUUGUGAGAAAUCCGUUUGUGAGCGCUGCUGUAGAGGCAACUGCAAAGGAGACACGAUCUUGGGUUGCGACGUCUGCGAACGUGAGUUGUGCGAUUGGUGUAACAGGUGGAAGGGCGGUGGUAAAGGAAACGCGGUUUUGCUGUGCGAUAGAUGCGACAAAUCAAUAUGUGAGCGCUGCAGCGGUAAAGGCAAAGGUGGUGGCAAAGGAGACACAGUCCACUCUUGCGAGCAUUGCGAGAAGAGUUUUUGCGAUGAGUGCGGCAUCCGCCAACGCGGCGCCAUUUGGAUUUGUGUCGACUGCGACUACGAUGAUAGUGAUAGUGAGUACUACGGCGAGUACGAUGUCUACGACUACAAUGAUUGCUUUGAGGAGGACAUGCGAUGGGAUGAGUUGUGCCACAGGCCCUUCGCCGAUCCCGGAGAGUUGUUGCGGUCGGAGUCAGAGGCAGAAGUGGCCGAGGAGUUGGGACACGACCAUGCCUGGAACACGCCAAACUCAAACCAUCCAAAUCUUGAAUCGUACUUGCAGAAGUCACAAUGA